UCCAAGUAUAUACUGUAUAUAAAUACAUGCAAUUAUGUAUCCAAAAAACUAUAUGUUAUAAAUAAACAAAAUAAAGGGUCGUAAUCGUAUUUGACUUUAUCAACAGAGACUUGUCUUCUUUAAAUAUUCAAAUUCGACGUUCCUCUCUCUUUUGUGUUUUUAAUUUUUAUAACUUACCUCUCUGUCUCUUCGUUGGAAGGAAACUCGGAAGCUUCGAAUAUGGCGAUGACUUGUACGGAAGAUGAUGAUGAACUUACCCUUUUGCUCUCUCAUCAUCUCAAUCAACAAGUAGACGAAGAAGAAGAUGACCACGAAGAUGAAGAAGAAGCUUUGUCUCUGUGUGAUUUGCCUGUGAAUUCACCCAACGAGAACAGCGAACUACGAACGAUCGUUAAAGAAGAUGAGGAAUUCGAAUUUGGAAUCGGGUCGUCGUUUCGAGCCGGGUCGGAUUCUUGCGAACCACCGGCUCCGGAGAUGAGUACUGCUGACGAAUUGUUCUUCAAAGGCCGGAUUCUCCCCUUACGCCACUCCGUCAGUUUAGACGCCGGGAUACUCCCCGAGCCAACCCGGUUAAUCACGAGAUCCGAAUCGGUUGAAUUCAGACGAACCGGGAUUAAAUCGGACCGGAAACUCAAAAACAACUUCAUCGACUACAGUCAACCGAGUCCGCAGCCACAGAUUCGAAGAUCAUCGAGCAUGACGGCUCGUGUAAACUCCAUCAGAAACCCUAAAUCAUCCUCGAUCUGGGAUUUCCUCAGGUUAGGACUCGUCCGUACCCCGGAGAUCGAGCUCCGAGCCAACGCCGGUAACGGGAAAUUGUCAGUGAGCCGAAACAGCAGCUGCAGUAGCACGAGCACGAGCUCGAAUUCCAAGAAAACGGGAGAGUCGAGAUCGAGGAACCGGAGGAGAAGCUUUUUGUUCUCGGAUUGUAAAUGUUCGGCGGCGACGGAGACGAUAACUGUACCGGUGAAAAUGAAAGUGGAGACGGAGGAGAAACAGAGGAAGAUGGAGAAGAAGACGGCGAAGAAAGAGGAGAAAACAGCGAUUGCGAGGAAGAGAACUUUUGAGUGGUUAAAAGAAUUGUCACAGGUUGGUUUCGCCGUCGAUCAUGGAAGACGGAGCUUGGUCUGAUUCUUUUCUUUCUUUUUUUCUUCAAAAAGUAUUUUCAAAUUUUUGUAUUUUCUAUUUUUAAUCGUUUUCGUAC